AUGGACUAUGAGCUCUACUUAGUCUCAAACAUCCUAGGCAUUUCCAUAGUCAUUCUUAUUUUCAUUUUUCACUAUUUAUAUGCGGAUGAGGGGAAGGAGUUGUCAUGA